AAACAUUCGAGUUUUUGCAACAUUUUCAGAAACAGGAGAAGAAGAAGACGAAGAAGAGUAAGAAAACAGUUUCAGAAUUUCCAUGGCGGCAGCGACGACGUUGUUAGAAACCUUAGGCGAUCUGGACAGAGAUUCCUUCGUGCCCCUUCUCUCGAAGCUGAUCGGCGAAUCCAAACACCUCCAGAACAACCCGCCGGAGCUUAUCCCGGAAGAGGACAGGGCGGUGAAGCAUGUCAUGGACGUCCUCCUCCCCUUCAGCACCACCACCGGCGGCGGCCCCUUGAUCCUCAACCACGUCACCUACUUCCCCGGCAGAGGCAACCUCAUCGUCGAGUACCCUGGUACCCACCCUAGCAAGGUCCUCUCCUUCAUCGGUUGCCACAUGGAUGUCGUCACCGCCAAUCCCAACGACUGGGAUUUUGAUCCGUUUACGUUGAGUGUUGAUGGGGAUAAACUCAGGGGUCGUGGAACUACUGAUUGUUUGGGACAUGUGGCUCUUGUCACUGAACUCAUGAGGAAGCUUGGGGAAACAAAGCCGAAUUUGAAAUCAACUGUUGUUGCUGUUUUUAUUGCCAAUGAAGAGAAUUCUGCUAUAACUGGUGUUGGUGUGGAUGCACUUGUCAAAGAUGGUCUCCUCAACAAGCUCAAGAAUGGCCCUCUGUUUUGGAUCGACACGGCAGAUAAACAACCUUGUGUAGGCACUGGUGGUAUGAUACCUUGGAAACUUCAUGUCACGGGGAAGCUCUUUCACAGUGGAUUAGCUCAUAAGGCUAUAAAUCCACUGGAACUAGCCAUGGAUGCUAUGAAGGAAAUCCAGUUGCGAUUUUAUAGAGACUUCCCACCUCAUCCUCAGGAACAGGUUUAUGGGUUUGCAACCCCUUCAACCAUGAAACCAACCCAAUGGAGUUAUCCUGGAGGUGGAAUCAACCAAAUUCCAGGGGAAUGCACUAUUUCAGGAGAUGUCAGGUUGACUCCAUUCUACAAUGUCAAGGAUGUUAUGAAGAAGUUGCAAGAGUAUGUGGGUGAUAUUAAUGAAAAUAUAAGUAAGCUAGAAGCACGAGGUCCAGUUUCAAAAUAUGUCCUAUCUGAUGAAAACUUAAGGGGAAGCCUUACUAUAACUUUCGACGAGGCAAUGUCUGGAGUUGCUUGUGAUCUUAACUCUAGAGGUUUCCAUGUUUUAUGCAAAGCAACUGAGGAAGUAGUUGGGCAUGUAAAGCCUUACUCAAUGACUGGUAGUUUACCUCUCAUUCGAGAACUUCAGGAUGAAGGAUUUGAUGUUCAAACUUCUGGCUACGGUCUAAUGGCAACUUACCAUGCCCAGAAUGAGUACUGUCUUUUUAACGACAUGUCCCAAGGAUAUCGGGUGUUCACGAGUGUCAUCUCUCAAUUGGAAGACUAGGAAGGACUAAGUUUGUAUUUGGACAUCAGUCAAAUGCAACGUGAAUGAACUUUCAAAAGAAGAGUUCCAUUUACUUUUCGUUUGGAAGCACAUACUAUGCCCGUUUGUACUGAUACCCCUAAUAUCCAAAUACUGGCGCUCUGCAAGCUGAAACGAUUGUUGAGUUCAAUUUAAUUAACUGCUAAAUUGUGUAAAGGAUCAGCUUGGUGUUAGGUUUUCCCUCAACAUGAUGGACGAACUAUAGUUUACUGUUAGCCAUGAGUUUCUCUUUUAAACAGUACCAUUAUUUUAUUCAAUCAAAGUUAAUGUCCCUUCUUUAUUUUC